GCGGCGGGGCUGGUUUAAAGGAGCAUCUCCAGCAGCUGCUCGGUUUCAGUCCCCGGAGCGAAAGCUUCAGCGCAGACCUUUCCUGAGGACGAGCCGUCGCAGUACACAGCUAUACCACCAUGCCUGGAUCUCUUCCUGUCAAUGCUGAAGCCUGUUGGCCAAAAGAUGUAGGAAUAGUUGCAGUGGAGAUCUAUUUUCCUUCCCAGUAUGUCGAUCAGGCGGAGUUAGAGAAGUUUGAUGGCGUGGAUGCAGGAAAAUACACCAUUGGCUUGGGACAAGCCAAGAUGGGUUUCUGCUCUGAUAGAGAAGAUAUCAACUCACUUUGCCUCACCGUAGUCCAGAAGCUGAUGGAGAGGAACAGCCUCUCUUACAAUUGCAUUGGGAGACUGGAGGUUGGAACAGAGACAAUCAUCGACAAAUCAAAAUCUGUAAAGACUGUUUUGAUGCAGCUGUUUGAAGAAUCUGGUAACACAGAUGUGGAAGGCAUUGACACCACCAAUGCCUGCUAUGGAGGCACUGCAGCACUCUUUAAUGCUGUAAAUUGGGUGGAAUCCAGUUCCUGGGAUGGGCGUUAUGCACUUGUUGUUGCUGGAGACAUUGCUGUCUAUGCUACUGGAAAUGCCAGACCAACUGGAGGAGCUGGUGCUGUCGCAAUGCUUGUGGGUCCAAAUGCACCUCUUAUUUUUGAGAGAGGACUGCGUGGGACUCAUAUGCAGCAUGCCUAUGACUUCUAUAAACCUGAUAUGGUAUCCGAGUAUCCUGUGGUUGAUGGGAAACUAUCCAUACAGUGCUACCUCAGUGCAUUAGAUCGCUGCUACACUGUUUAUCGCAAGAAGAUUCGUGCUCAGUGGCAGAAAGAGGGAAUUGACAAAGACUUCACCUUGAAUGACUUUGGCUUCAUGAUCUUUCAUUCUCCAUACUGCAAACUUGUGCAGAAAUCUGUAGCUCGCCUGUUGCUGAAUGACUUUCUCAAUGAUCAGAUGCUAAUAGAAGAAAAUGGUAUCUACAGUGGGCUGGAAGCGUUUAGAGAUAUAAAAUUAGAAGACACUUAUUUUGACCGAGAUGUGGAGAAAGCUUUUAUGAAAGCCAGUGCUGAACUUUUCAAUCAAAAGACAAAGGCUUCCUUGCUUGUUUCUAAUCAGAAUGGAAAUAUGUAUACACCUUCAGUUUAUGGCUGCCUUGCUUCUCUCUUAGCGCAGUACUCUCCUCAACAACUAGCAGGACAAAGAAUUGGGGUCUUCUCUUAUGGCUCAGGUUUUGCUGCUACUCUGUACUCCAUAAAAGUUAGCCAAGAUGCAACCCCUGGCUCUUCCCUGGAUAAAAUAACAGCAAGUCUAUCUGAUCUAAAAGCACGGCUUGAUUCAAGGAAAUGCAUCUCACCAGAGCUGUUUGCAGAAAACAUGAUGAUUAGACAAGAGACUCAUCACUUAGCCAACUAUAUUCCAAAAUGCUCAGUGGAUGAUCUCUCUGAAGGAACAUGGUAUUUGGUGCGAGUGGAUGAGAAGCACAGAAGGACAUAUGCACGUCGUCCUGUGUUGGGUGAUGGGCCAUUGGAAGCAGGGGUGGAAGUUGUUCAUCUGGGUCUUGCGCAUGAGCAUAUCCCCAGCCCUGCCAAGAAAGUACCAAGAAUUCCUGCAAAAACAGACUCUGAAGCAGUUGCUGUUUCCCUUUCCAAUGGGGAGCAUUAGGAUACCUCUAUGAGGUGGGAGCUGAAAAGAUGAGGGGAGAGGUGGGGUUGUACAUGGGAUUAACUGUUAUUACCCACAUUCUUCUGUACAGUGCUGCUUAAUUAGAGCAUGAAAAAUUGUUAUUUCUUGAGGCUCUGUCUUUUGAUGCUGUUUGUUGACAUUUGUAGUUUCAUAACACUAAACGUUCUCGUGCUUCUUGGGACGGAAAUUACCAAGGGCUCUUUCUGGUUGUUCUUAGUCAUGGUUCAGAACCUAGGUACUUUAAUUUUAGGCUCAGGAAAAAUACAGUUGUUCUUCCCACCCCUCUUGGCCCAUUUUAAAAUAAAAUCCCAACAAAGUUUGUAAAUUAUCAUCCAGAAAAGAAGCAAGACUUCUUUUUAAAAGCCAUUAUUGAGAGAAAUAAUGUGAUCUAAAGCCAUGUAUGCAUGUCAUCUUAGUCUUAAAUGUUGGGGUCCUAUGUGCCUUAACAGUGUAAGCACCCUGUCUCUUAAAUAGAAACCUUGUUCUACCCCUUAAAGUACCCCAUAGGUUUGGGGAAGGUGCAAAUGAUUUGUUUUUUCAAGGUGCUAAUAAUUGGAGAAUUUUUUUUUCCAAUUGCCAUUAUUAGCUCAAAUCUAGUCAGAAAGGUGACUGUGAUUACAAAUAAUCUGGAUGCCAAUUGUUUGGUCAUAUUUAAAAAACUCCUCCCCUUUCCUGAAAUAUGAUUUUGUAGUACUAUCAAAGCUAAAAGGUACAUGCAUUUGAGAGUGAACGACAUCCACCCACCCCUGUUCUUAUGGCAGAACAUGGGAAUGGGGACUGGUUGGCUUCUUAAAAUGUUUCCAACACAUACUUUCAGACCUCUCCCAUGUCACCUUUUAUAAAGGUUACCUGAGAGUUGGUUUUGCACACUCAGCUUCCAAAGAACUUGUCAGAUGUUCAGCCUAAGAAUGGACUGAUCCUGAAAAUUUUCCUUGUCAGGCCUUCUCUACAUAUGUUGUGGGAUUCUUGGCAACAGAUACAGCUUUGAGCACAACUAGAUGUGGCUUCUGUUUCAAUCUUAUGUAAAGCCGUUCUCAUUUCUGUAGGACCACACAAAGCCUGUAGUCUUCUAAGCACAUACUGUAAGAAAAGCAGUACUAUGUCUGCCCUCUUGAGUGGAACAAAGCCCUCUGGAGAGCUCUGCAUGUUGGCCCACAAGAGAAGCCUGUCUAAGGCUGCAGCAGGAGGAGCAUGGUCCAUAGCUUGUAGGUUCUGUUUGGCUGGCAGGUUCUUCUGCUUCAGAUUUAUCCGUUGAUUUUUGUACACCUACUUCAGAGGAAAUACUUUGGCCAUUGUAUUGGCCACUGUAGUAUCUGUAGGUUCUGUAGUGGGAGUCCAUUGGCCAUGUUGGGUAGGCCUAAAUGAACUGGAACUAAAGGGAAAAAAAGCUCCUCGCUUGUAAAAUACUUUGUAUUUACAUUAAACUUACAGUUUGCCCUAUUCUAUUUUGCUUUAACACAACAGCACAAACAAGUUUGUCUAGUAAGAUUUGCAAGAACCAAUAUGUACCGUGCUAAGAUGCAAGGUUUUGGUGUUAUGUAGCUUGUUUUAGAAAAAUGCUAUUGACUAAGGUUUGAUAAUCUCAACAACUGUACAUCAUCUUGGACAUGCUUUGACUUAACAUGACUUGAUAAACAAAUGGGCUCUAAAGUGCUGUGACUGCAUGUGACAAAGGAGCAAAGGACAGGUUUGAAGUAUGUUCACAUGUUGUCAGAAGCAUAUCAAGUCCAUUGCAGGCAAUGGACAGGCAAAAAAAAAACCCCAUUGCACAAAAUGUAAUCUUUGUAAACCUCACAAAUGAUGAGGCAGAUGCCUUGUAAAAUAAAUGUUGAGCUGUUUGAACUAC